CAAAAUCUUUAAAAUUAUCCGAUAAAGAUAGGGAAAUGCAUUAACAUUGUUUUUGCUGAUUUUUUCCCUGCUAGUUCAAAAGGGUUACAGAGUUGACGUACAGAGGGAAACUAAGCUGCCGCCCUUCCGUUCAAAGAAUGGAAGAAAGGAUAGGACUCAAGCGCCCGCGCCCUAUCGUCGGAGACGACGAAGUCGAAAAUCCUCCGCAGCAGAGGAAACCGAGGUUCCCUAAAGGAAAGAAAUUGAAGGUGGAAGGCCGUCUGGAUGUCGCAGAUGGAUUCGAUGGGGAUUCGAAUGUCCAGAUUGGCCCUAAUUUCGCGGCGAAGGAGCGAGCCAAGCGCCGGAUUGAGAGAAAGGAGACGGAUCUAUUCGGAAGAACGGCCGACUUUACAGAUUUCGAAGUUCAGUACGAGGAUGAUUCUAACUUUGAGGCCGAUGGGGUUGAAAUAGAACCAUUUAAUUUGCAGCAAGAGAGAGAGGAGGGAUAUUUUGAUGACAAUGGAAACUAUGUUGAGUAUAGACGUGAGCAGGAAAUAAAGGAUGCUUGGUUGGAUAGUAUUUCCGCUGACUUGAGGAUUGCAGAAAAGAUACCAGCUAGGCAAAUUCCAGAGGGAGAAUAUGAAGACCUUUCCUUAGAGGAGAUAAGGACACUGAAGAGGAGGAUCACGGACAUUCUUCAACCUGGAGAAACUAUUAUACAUGCAUUAAAACGCUUAAAAGGUUCUUCAAGUGAUAAGCGAGCAAAGAUGUCUGAGAGUACCAAGCUCAUGUUUGAUCAACUUACUGAGGCUGCUAUGAAGCUCAUGGAGAAUGGCGAGUACAAUGUUUACCAUCAAGAGAGGGAGACCUUUGAACGUGAAAUAGCUAGCAAGGAGGCAGAUAAAUUUGACAUGUUUGGGGAUGAUGAUGACAAUGAUGGUAAUGAAAAUCUGCAGUCAGAUGAAGCUACUUUAGGCUUUACUUCUGGUCAAACAACUCAUUCUGCAACCGAGAGACAGGAGGAAUCAGAAAAUUUUGCUUCUACACAAGCUGUGACUGGAGGAUCAGAAUCUGAUUAUGUAUAUGAUCCAUCAUCAGGUUACUAUUACAGUGGCACCUUGGGCUAUUAUUACGACCCUAUGUCGAAGCUUUAUUGCUGUGCCGCAUCAGGAAUAUGGUACUCAUUUGACGAGCAGUUGGGAACAUACAUUGAAGUCAAUAUUGCUUCAUCCCAAGAGACUCAAGGCAUCUAGAAACGGUAUUCUAUGAUGACCAAAUAGAUUAAAGACCACUACAGUUUCCAUAUCGCCUAUAUGGUUUACGUUACAACAAGAGGAAUGAAUUGACUUGCUACCAUGCAAACUUUAGCCAGUUUGUUUCAUAGUUCCAAGCAAAUGUCUUAACUUUCUAAAUUAUAAUAUUUUUUUUGUUCUACUACUACUUGGGUAUUAAACGCAAGUCGCCAUAAAGGUCUCUCUAGCAGCUCAUAUAAAACCUGUAAAUAUUAAUUCAGUUUUAUGAACUCACAAACCUUUCAUAACACUACUAAUUAUAUUCAAGAUUGAGAGUUGGUUAGGGACAUCUUAUUGAAUCAUUAAGAAUGUUGGUUUUUGGAAAA